AUGCAACUUACGAUGAAAGCCCUUGUCGGUAGCAAAGAAGGCGACUAUCGCCUUGCUGACAAUAUCAAUAUCCCCGCGCCAGGUCCAGGCACUGUUUUGUGCCGUGUCCACGCAGUUGCUCUCAACCCGUACGAUGUUAUGAUACUGGACCACUUCAACACUCCAGGAGCAAUAGGUGGAUGCGACUUUGCGGGUACUGUGAUCCAGAUCGGCGAAGGCGUCACGCGAUUCAACGUCGGUGAUCGUAUUCUCGGGUUCACCACUGGUCUCAACCAUGCAGAAAAGACAGCGGGCGCCUUUGCCGAAUUCGCUUUGGCAAGAGAGAACGCGUCUUGUCGAUUGCCGGGCGCUUUGGCUUUCACAGAGGCAUGUUCGAUGGGAGUUGCUGUUGCUGCCGCUGGGUUGGCCAUCUUCCAGGCCCCGGGCCUACGGCUAUCCAUGCCGCAAGCAGAGGGUACUCAAGGGCGAGAGAAGGCCACUAUCCUGGUGUCAGGAGGGGCGACGGCUACUGGUACGAUGGCUAUACAGCUGCUCAAGAUUGCUGGUUACACGCCAAUUGUGACGUGCUCGCCCGGCAAUAACGCCCUCUGCGAGUCGUAUGGUGCCUCGGCAUGUUUCGACUACCACUCUCCCACGUGUGGCGCAGACAUCCGGGCUCACACGAAUAACAACCUGGCUCACGUUCUAGACUGCAUUGCUGACGACGAAACCAUGAACAUGUGUUACAAGGCCAUUGGCUCAUCCGGCGGCAUAUACACUGCUCUGAGGCCGGUCGUAACAACUGUCAAGUAUACACGAAGGGAUAUCCGCGCGGACUGGGUGAUGGUCGAGACGGUCCUUGGGGUGUCCGCACAGCACGGAAGCAUUGGUAGACCUAGCUCAAAGGAGCAUCAGAUAUUUGGGUCACGUCUCUUCGCGGUCAUUGAGCAGCUGUUGCAAGAUGGGAGAAUCAAGCACCACCCCGUUGACGUCAAAGAUGGAGGGUUGGCGAACAUCCCGACAGAACUGGAGCGUCUGCGCGCUGGCGACGUCCGAGCUAGAAAGAUUGUAAUGCCGUUGAUCGCGUAG